UGGACUCAAAUUCCUGGGCUCAAGCGAUCCCCAAGCCUCAGCCUUCCUUGUAGGCUGGGACUACAGGUGUGUGAUUCUUCCCAGUUUGAUUCUUCCAUCCAUAAAGAUCAUCUUAGUGUGUAUUCAGGUCUGGGAAAAGCCCUGGAGGAGACAUGCUGGCUUACCCCCAGCUCAUCACUAGGAUGCAGCAUCCCAUCAUGGCAUCUCCCUGGAGGGUGGCUAAGCAGGCCCUUAACUUUCCCUCCUGAAAGGAGAGCGGGGGAGAGAGAGGGAGCUCCCCCAGUGGGAUGGGACUCACGAGGUCCAGGAGUUGAGACUUCUCUGUGGCCUUUGGGGACCACUGAACAGUGCAAUCAGGUCUUCCCUUAGAAAGAUGCUUUGGCAAAGGGAGGAGGGGCAGGGACGGAGUUCUGCGGACAGCCAGGAAAAUCAGAGGAGGCCACUGGCCCCCUGCCUCUUCUCCCCAGGAGGAUGAAUCCUUCUGUAUUAGCCCCAGGCACCCUAAAAAAAUACCACUGACUGAGUGGCUUAAACAACAGGGUUUUAUUUUCUCACAGUUCUGGAGGCUAAAAGCCCCAGAGGCCUCUAUUCCUGGUUUGCACACAGCCACCUUCUCACCAUGUCCUCCCACGGGGAGGUAGCACCCAAGCUCUCUGGUCUCUUAUAAGGACACGAAUCCUGUUGGAUCAGGGCCCACCCUUAUGACCUCACUUAACCUUCAUCAUCUCCUUAUAGGCCCUGUCCCCAACUACAGUCACACUGGGGAUUAGAGCUUCUGCGUCUAAUAUUGGCGGGGGGGGGACGCCAUUCAGUCCAUAGCCCUACCCUUCCUCAGGGCUCCAACUACAUGAUGCACAGAACUCAGCUGUAGCCCGCAUCACACGGUGCUCUUCAGUCCAGCCAUGCGUCAUUCAGCGGCUGGGAUACGUUCUCGACAAUGCAUCAUCAGGCUUGAGUGACAACUUGAGGACAAGGCGGCGCCUCGACAAGUUUUCACACAGCAGCUACGGGGGCCAGAGAAGCAGCACCGCAUGGUGAGGCAGGAGGAGGAGGACCUGCACAAGCAAUUGGUUGAAGCUUCAGAGACAUUGAAACCCCAAGCCGGAGAACUGAAAGAUGCCCAUCGGCAGCAAAAGCUGGCCCUGCAGGAGUUCUUGGAGCUCAAUGAGCUCAUGGCAGAGCUCUACUCCCAGAAGCAGAAGCUGGAAGCUCAGCUCAAGGACACUGUUGCUGAGGCCUCAAAGGAGUGCAGACUUCGUGAGCACAUCGCGGACUUCAAGCAAACAGAAAAGACCAGCUCAGCUAGUGAGCAAGAAACACAAGCACUGAAGCUGGAAGCAUCCCCAUCAAUUUCUGUGGCUGCAAGAACAGAACUGCAGGAAGUAAGACAGCGUUGUCCUACCGAUGCUCUCAUCUGGGGUCUGCCCUCGUGUCCAGGUGACACAGCUGCCCUUGGUGAUCAGAAGCCACUCACCUGGUCCCUGCGUGCCAGCUUGCAGUGAGGACAUCUGUCCAGGCACGAGAGCCCACCUACCAUUUUGAGAAUUACUGUCAGUGCCUCAGUUAGAUAAGCUAGGCUUCUGCAAUCAUACUGAAGUUUAACAUCCAUACAACAAAUUGCACAAAUCACAAGCAUGUAACUUGAUGAAUUUUUACAAAGUGAAUAUGCCCCAAAAACCAACACCCAGUUCCAGAAAUAGAACAUUAGCAGCCCCUCAGAAGCCCUUCAGAAGGCUGCUUUCUCCUUUCCUGACACUAGCAUUCCUUGACUUUAUUCUGCUUUCUAACACUGUAGGUUAAUUUUACUUGUUUUUAAACUUUAUGUAAGUGGGAUUGUAAAUUAUAUGUUUUGUGCCUGUCUUCUUUUUGCUGCACAUUAGAAGUCAUCCAUAUUAUUGUAUCUGGCAACACUGUUCAUUCCCAUAACCUAUGGUAUUUUACUAGAUAAAUAUGCUACACUUUACUUAUCCAUUGUACUUCUGGUGAAUAUUUGUGGCAUUUCAAAAUUUGGGAUAUUACAAAUAAUAAAGGAAUAAGCAUUUUUACAUGUCUUUUGGUGGGCAUAUGCCGGCUUUUUGCACACUUUUUAAAAACUGUUUAAUAAACACCCUGUUUUGCAAGAAGUUCACAUGCCAAUUCAUGUAGAGUUGCUUGAGACCGUAACAACUGAAUAGAAUUUAAUUGUAUGAUGUCUUGUAACAUGUUUCCCUGUUGGUCAUUUAGUCAUGUGGCAGAAACCACUAGUUGUUUGCUAAAAUUCAUUCUCCCUUUCCUCUAUGGUAAUGGGCCCUCCACAUUUUAAGCUGGGCAGAUGGCUGCCCAGAAUAAAGGCUACCAAUA